AUGCCGGACGAGCUGACGGAGCCCGGGCGCGCCACGCCGGCCCGCGCCUCCUCCUUCCUCAUCGAGAACCUGCUGGCGGCCGAGGCCAAAGGCGCCCGGCGCGCGGCCCAGGGCGCCGGCGGCCGCGAGGACGAGGAGGAGGACGACGACGACCCGGAGGACGAGGACGCGGAGCAGGCGCGGCGGCGGCGGCUGCAGCGGCGGCGGCAGCUGCGCGCGGGCGCGGGGCCCGGCGGGGAGGCGCGGGCGCGGGCGCUGCUCGGGCCCGGCGCGUUGGGCCUCGGUCCCCGGCCGCCCCCCGGGCCCGGGCCGCCCUACGCUCUGGGCUGCGGCGGCGCGACGCGCUGGUACCCUCGGGCGCACGGCGGCUACGGAGGCGGCCUCAGUCCGGACACCAGCGACCGGGACUCACCGGAGACGGGCGAGGAGAUGGGCCGCGCCGAGGGCGCCUGGCAGCGCGGCCCCGGGCCGGGAGCGGUGCAGCGAGAGGCGGCGGAGUUGGCGGCGCGGGGCCCGGCGGCCGGCGCGGAGGAGGCGGCGCAGCUGGCCGAGGCCCCGGCCGCGGCGGGCGAGGGGCGCGGCGGUGGCGUCGGCGUGGGCGGCGGUCGCAAGAAGAAGACGCGCACGGUCUUCUCGCGCAGCCAGGUCUUCCAGCUCGAGUCCACCUUCGACCUGAAGCGCUACCUGAGCAGCGCGGAGCGCGCCGGCCUCGCCGCCUCCCUGCAGCUCACCGAGACGCAGGUCAAGAUCUGGUUCCAGAACCGCCGCAACAAGUGGAAGCGGCAGCUGGCGGCCGAGCUGGAGGCGGCCAGCCUGUCCCCGCCGGGCGCGCAGCGCCUGGUCCGCGUGCCGGUGCUGUACCACGAGAGCCCCCCGGCCGCGGCCGCCCCCGGGGCCCCCGCCGCCGCGCUGCCCUUCCCGCUGGCGCCCGCCGCGCCCGCGCCGCCCCCGCCGCUGCUCGGCUUCUCCGGGGCCCUCGCCUACCCGCUGGCCGCCUUCCCGGCGGCCGCCUCCGUGCCCUUCCUUCGGGCGCAGAUGCCCGGCCUGGUGUGAGCCCCACGCGCUGGGCCCACUCCGGGUGCCCGCCGGGGACCCCUGGGGCGCACCCGCGAAGCGUGGAGGGGAGCCGGGGCGCUCCGAGUGCCCCUCUGCCCCCACCCCCCGUGGCAGGCUGCCGCCCUGGCCCGAGUCCUGUCCCAAGCUCGUGCAGAAUGUAACAGGGGCGUCUUCGACCGUGGCUUCCAAAUAGGCCGGAUCCCUGGCAGGGAAGAGGGCAUCGCAGAGAGGCAGUGCGCGCGGCAGGCAGCCCGGAGCCCCACAGGCCAGGCCUCAGCCGCUCGCAGCCAGCGCGGGCCCAGUCCGAAGCAGGCAAACGGGCUGUCAAAGGUGCUUGGAAGCCACCGCUCCCCGUCUCGCCGCCCCCCUCCCCCAACACAAACGUCCCUUCCCAGGACUGCGCGGAGCCCAGAGGGCAGGCCUCAGGAGGACUGUGAUCAGCCUCACGGCCUUGCCAGUGGGCCCAGCAGAGGGGAGCCCCAGGGAGAGCGCCCAUGUGCAGGGGCCGGGGAGAAGACCCCGCCAGGUGGCCCUUCCGCCAGACUGUCUGCUCUGCACCCCGGGGCGGACGGGAGCUCCUCUCCCGGGCUGUGGCCUCCAGUUCUUCUGGGGAAGACUUUUUUAAAAACGAAUCUACUUAUUUGCGUAACGGAAUAAAAGGGACGUUUUCUGGA